UCUGCCAUACUGAAGCAGGUGUCCAACAUGGCGAACGCUCGCAGCGGCUCUCUCGCGACUAUUCUCUUUUUAUUCAUGUUUCCAGCGGCUCUUCACAAAGGAGCUGCACAGGACCCAGUGGUGAGUCAGAACCUGGUGACAGACAAUGUGUCCGUGGUGGAGGGAGAGAUGGCAAUCAUCAGCUGUCGGGUGAAGAACAAUGAUGACUCCGUUAUCCAGCUGCUUAACCCCAACAGACAGACAAUCUACUUCAGAGACAUGAGGCCACUGAAAGACUCUCGCUUUCAGCUUGUGAACUUCUCAGACAACGAGCUGCGGGUGUCGCUGUCUAAUGUCUCGCUGUCAGACGAGGGGCGAUAUGUUUGCCAGCUGUACACAGACCCCCCGCAGGAGGCCUACGCUGACAUCACAGUGCUAAUUCCUCCAGGUAACCCCAUCAUUGAGGCCCGGGAUGAGGUUCUGAGCGAGGGCAAUGAGACAGAGAUGACCUGCACUGCCAUGAGCAGUAAGCCUGCUGCUGUCAUCAGAUGGAUGAAAGGAGAUAAAGAGCUUCCAGGCAAGCCCAAAGUUGAACUGACCUACGACAAGAUGUAUACAGUAACCAGCCGGCUGACAUUCACCGUUAGUAGGGACGAUGAUGGCGUACCUGUGGUCUGCAUCGUUGACCACCCUGCAGUCAAGGACUUCCAGGCACAGAAAUACCUGGAGGUGCAGUACAAACCAGAAGUUAAGAUCGUGGUAGAAUAUCCUCAGGGUUUGACCAGGGAAGGAGAGACCCUGGAACUGUCGUGUCAAGCCAAAGGCAAACCCCAGCCACAGCGGGUGAACUGGUUGAAGGUGGACGACGACGUACCGUCCCACGCAGUCAUCACCGGCGCCGACCUCUACAUCGAAAAUCUAAACAAGUCGUACAAUGGAACCUACCGUUGUGUGGCAUCCAACUCCAUUGGGGAGUCUUAUGACGACUACAUCCUCUAUGUCUACGAUGCUCCCACCACCACCCCUAAACCCACCACAGCCACCACCACCACCAUCAUCACCACCACCAUCUCCUACCCCGAAGUCAAUCAAGACACUGCGCCCAGCACUGAACCUGCAGCUCAUGAUUCACGAGCCGGAGAGGGAGCACCCAGAACAGUGGACCAUGCAGUUAUUGGAGGAGUGGUGGCUGUGGUCGUGUUUGCCAUGCUCUGUCUACUCAUUGUCUUGGGUCGCUACUUUGCAAGACACAAAGGUACCUACUUCACACAUGAAGCCAAAGGAGCAGACGACGCAGCGGAUGCAGAUACAGCCAUCAUCAAUGCUGAGGGUGGCCACACCAAUUCUGAUGAAAAGAAGGAGUACUACAUCUAAUUCAAACAGGACCCCUCACCUCCAGUGUCCUUCUUGGGACACUGAAGGGUUUUUUGGGAUGGGGAAAGGGGAAAGAGGUGGGGGUUGACAGAGGGGUUUGAAUUGGAUCAGUAGAGGGGUUGAGGGGUAGAAGAGACGAGGCAUUUAAAAAAAAAAAAAGGCCUGGUUUUAAGCCGUUGUCUAGUCUAGUCUGCAGAUGUAGAUGGAAUGUUUUGUGUGUUUAAAAAAAAAUCGAAAUCAAAAAAGGCUAAAAAUGUUAGGGUUUGGGGUUUUCAGUAUACAGAAAGGGGAUGGGUAGAGGGUGGGAGGGUGUGCCAGAAAUCACUGUAGAGAGCUUCACCAUUCAACACCUCCCUAACUGCUGGUACAAAUUUUAUUUAGUUCAACCAUUUGCAGAAAAUUCUGUGCCUUGUUCUAAAUUUUUUUGUUCUACCCAUAUUUUGCAUUUGUGUUGAUCAUCAUUUGCAUAACCUUGUUGCUCCCCUUUUCCCGUUUCAUCUUUCCACCUCGUAAUUAUCAGUGUGCCGUUGGCUUUUGUAUGAGGGUAAAAUUACACAGCCACUUUAUUAAUUUCUCUUAAUGUGUCUGCACAAGCAGAUCCUCUCCUGCAUAACAAAAACUCUUUCCAGUAUACUGUGAUUUGUCUCAAGCCAUUACUUUCUUCUCUUUCUCCCCUGAAGUUUUGACAGCUCUAAAAAUGCAUGGAAUGCUUUACAUAUCAUUGUACAAAGGACAUAAAUGAGAAACAGGCUUGUUGUACUGGACCACACAUGACACCACAAAAAGAAACACAACUAAAAAAAAAUGGCAGAAAGCUUAAUAUAAAAUGAUGUUCCCAUUUGAACAGGCCGGUCCAAUUUGAAAUUUAAAAACCUCGGUUUGUUUUUGCAGAGCAGAUACACUUCUGUAUUACUGUCUUUUAAGGCAUUACAUUCCUUAGUGAAAAGAAGUAGUGCAUUAUUUUUUUUUCCUCGCUGCGCUGCCAUUUCAUUAUUUUGAUUUCUUCCUCUGCUCUGUAUUAUUUUUCUUCUAUUUGACUGAAUGGAAAGCCUGUCUUCCCACCGGCUUUUAUUGAGUUGUAAUGUUGGUUUUCAAUUGAUUUCCAUCUGCUCUCACCCUAGAAUAUUUUUUAUUAUAAAUGAGACAGUAAGAAAAUGUAAAUUGUCCUAAAAUUGUUUUGACACAUCCUUAGUCAAGAUGCCUCGGUAAUAAAAGGCUGUUGGAAAAAAUAUUUGGUGUUAAUAUUUGCCAAUCAGCAGCUAACAUUGCUGGUGUAGUGUAUGCCAUACAGCAAGUUUUCCAAGUAGAACGCCAGCCUUAAUAAAACUCCAGACUGAAGCCCAUUUAAAUUUAAUUUACAUUUAAUGGGUACAUAAGCUACACAAUACAUAGCUGUCAAGGUCCUCCCAUUAGCAGGUUCACAUUAUCUCAUAGACACACAAUCCAAUGUAAAUCAACCCAAUGGAAUCACAACUGUAUUGUACACUAAUCCUUACUAAGAAAUAUUUUUUACAACUUACUAGAAUUACAAUGGAGUACCUUUGUGAAUUUUACCAUAUCACGUUCAUCGUUGUCAGUUUUGUCAAACUGUAAAGUAAGGAAAUGUUUAUGGAAAGUGCGUGUCUUCAAACUGGAAUGUUCUGAGAGACAAACCAUUCACCCCCAUCCAAACAUACCAUUAACCUCAUAGCAGAAUUGCUGAUUGCUGAUGUUUUGGCCAAACUGAGAUAUCCGCCUAACUAUGCUCUGUUAAAAUUAUAGAGUCAUUUAGACAGAUAUCUCAAUUUAGCCUAAAAAUGACUUAGCUAAUUGUGCUAUGUGGCUAACGAUACACUACAUGGACUAAAGUAUUGGGCCACACAGCCUCUUAAUCUUUGAAUUCAGGUUUCAGUCCCGUUAUUGCCACAGGUAUAUAAAAUCAAGGACUUAGCCAUGCAGUCUGCCUUUAGAAACAUUUGUUAAAGUUGGGUCGUUCUAAAGAGCUCACUGAAUUUGAGCGUGGUACCGUAAUAGGAUCGCCGCUGCAGCGAGUCAGUUUGUGAAAUUUCAUCCCUCCUGGACAUUCCACAUCUGCUGUAAGUGGUAUUAUUGGAAAGAGGAAGCACUGGAACCACAGGAACUCAGCCACAAAGUUACAGAGCUCCAACCCUCCUCUGACAUUAACAUCAGCAUAGGUGUAAUUAGUAGGUGACCCGGUACUUUUGCCCAUGUAAUGUGUAUAGUUUUGCUCCAGUUCAUCAAUUUAUGAACUCCAAAAUAUUAGUUUUGCAUAUAAGCUCCUGUUGUUUUUGCUUCUCUAUUAUGCUUUAUGUACAAUCUGCCAAAAUCCAAUGAGAAUCAGUUUUGCUAUGUUAGUUUGGGAGCACCGAGGACGCCAAAAGUAAUUAACUGUUUAUAAGAUGACAUAAUACACAUGUUGUGCUCCUUGGUGUUAAUCAUAGCAAUGUGGGUUUACCGGUGACAUUGUUUCUCAUUAUUAUGUGUUCGCACAGCAAGCAACAUGCUUAAUGAAUCCUUUCUCCAUGUGACAGCUGUGGGUGGAUAAAGUUGGAGGUCUCAGCUACAGUGUACACUUUGAAGAGUUUGAAACACUGAAAGCUUAUUUAUUUCAUGGCUUUUUCUGUUAUGAUAUUACAUCACAUUUUGAACAUUUCUCAACACAAAUGACAAACUCAACAUGAACCAAACAGUGACAGCAGCAGUUUUUCCAGUCUUACUUUGGAGCUUCAUUUAUGCCCAUGUUUUGUUUUGUUUCUUGUUCUUUUUUUAAGUAAAGCUGUUCUGAAGUUUUAAAAAACUAGAGUCAAGUGGACAAACUAAAUAAUAUAAGUAAAGGAAAAGGUGGUAGUUAAUUAUUUUAUUUUUAAUGUUAAUCUGUCAUCCAUUUACUGUUGAAAAAGUACUCAUUUUAUUUCAGUGCAAAAUCAGAGAUACCAAUGUUUGCUUGUUUAUUGAUAUACAUUGCAAUGUAAAGGAUAAAGAGUAGAGGAUGUAGAGGAUGAAGUUACUUAUGUUACUUGUUAUUGACUGUAAAAAAGGAACACUGGUCACAAAAGCAAAGUUUGAAAAGAAUAAUAUACAAUUGUUGGCCACUUCAUUAGGUACAGUACUGCAAAUAAUCAGCCAAUCACAUGGCUGCAACUCGGUGCAUUUAGGCAUAUAGACACGGUUAAGAUGACCUGCUAAAGUUCAAGCCAAGCAUCAGAAUGGGGAAAGAAAAUUGAUUUAAGUGACUCUGAACACAGCAUGGUUGAUGAGUUGGUCUGCGUGUUUCAGAAACUGCUGAUCUGCUGGGAUUUUCCCGCACAACCAUCUCUAGGAUUUACAGAGAAUGGUCUAAAAAGGAGAAAAUAUCCAGUGAGCAGCAGUUCUCUGGGUGAAGAUGCCUUGUCAAUGCAGGGGGUCAGAUGAUAGGAAGGCAACAGUAACUCAAACGACCACUUAUUACAACAAAGGUAUGGAGAAGAACUUCGGUGAAUGCAAAGCACUUUGAACCAUGAAGCAGAUGGGCUACAGCAGCAGAAGACCACACCAGGUGCCACUCCAAUUAGCUAAGAACAGCAAACUAGGGGUACGCAAUGAAAAAAAAUUGUUCAGAUGAGUCUCGAUUUCUGCUGCGACAUUUGGAUAGUAGGGUCAGAAUUUGGCAUAAACAAGAUGAAAACAACCAUUUUGUCUUCUGUCAACGGUUCAGGCUGUUGGUGUAAUCGUGUAAGAGACAUUUUCACGCCAUGCUUUGGGCCCCUUACUGCCAGCUGAGCACUGUUUAAACACCACAGCCAGCCUACAUGAGUAUUGCUGCUGACCUUAUCAAGCCCUUUAUGACCAGAGUGUUUCCAUCUUCUGAUGGUUGCUUCCAGCAGAUCAUCUCAAACUGGUUUCUUGAACUUGGCAAACCAAAGGAUCUCAAGCCAACAGAACACAUUUGGGAUGUGGUGGAACAGGAAAGUGACAUCAUAGAUGUUCAGCUGACAAAGCUGCAGCAACUGUGUGCAGCUAUCAUGUCAAUAUGGGCCUUCUUGAAUCUAUGCCAUGAAAAAUUAAGCCAGUUCUGAAGGCAAACAGGGCCCAAUGUGUUGCUAACAAGGGUUACCUAAUCACGUGGCCAUUAGGUUUACAUUUUCUGUACCUUGGAGUUAUAAACAAUCAGAAAUGUAGAGGUGAGUAUUGUUAAAUGCUGCACCUGGCAAAUUGGUGCAGUUAAGCCUUGCACUGAAUGCAUUUUUAAAAAAUCUGCAAAAUAAUCCCAAUGCUUAUGCAUUGAGAAGGCACCUGAUGAGAAUUAAAAAUGUCACAUACGCAUACAAUGAUGCAUGAUUUUUGAAUUAUGACAGUAAGUAAAAUUACAGCAAUCUGAUGUAAAAACUGUUAAGCAUAGACAAAUAACAGCUCCCAAACCUGCUCUUUGAUUCCCUUGGGUUUUGUAAUAAAAUGUAACUAUGUUUCAAAAUUACUAUGAAUCAGUCCUGUCAGACCUUUUUCCCCCCCUUAAAAUUACUCUUUGUAAUUUUGAUAGGAAAAAUGUUUUUUGAAUCAAUCAACUGAAAGUGUUGCUGAACACCACUUUUCCAAUCCACCACUAUUUGGAGCAUUUAUGGAUGGCUUCGUACUUAAAGGUGUUGCUUGCCAUGUGUACACUCACUAUGAUUUAACGCUUCAUUGUGAUGUUAAAGCAUUUGAUUGGAUUUUCUUAAUGCGCAACUCGUAUUGUGACACAUUACCAAUGUGAUAGCUUUAAUAUUUCAUGGUCAUGCAUGAAGACAACAUUCAGCCGUUCCAUGUUUAGAUUUGGGGUGUCCAAAGGCAUUAGACAAAGCUCUUGUGAAAUUCACAGUGCAAAUUAUGCUUUCUUGACCAUCUGUGCAUUUAAAAAUGUUUAAUUUCGGGGUGAUUUUAGAGCACAGGAAGUGUGAUGGGAGGAGGUGUGGAUAUAUUUUUAGUUUUGGAUGUAGUAGUUGUAGAUGGGGAGUUACGGGAGAGAUGUUGCAGACAAAAAUCAAAGAUGUGUCCAACUCUCUCCAUCUGUUUCUUGUUGAGUUAAUUUUCAGAAGUUCUGGACUCACGAAGUAAUUUUACCACAAGAUUAACACUGUAUGCUGACGACACUGUUUUGUGUUUGUUAAUAGA